UUUAUACAAAAAUCAGAUAAACAAUGUCAGUUUCUAGAUUUAAAUUACUUUUGCAACCGAAGAUAUUCUCUAUGCGAUCUUUGCGUUUUAAUUACGACAAAUCACGAAAAAAUAUAAUCUUAACGAAAGCAACGAAAGUGAUAGUUCAAGGUUUCACCGGUAAAAGUGGAACCGCUCAUGCCAAAUUGUGUUUAGAAUACGGAACUCGUAUUGUAGGUGGAAUCAAUCCCAAGAAAGGUGGACAGAAGCAUUUAAAUUUACCCAUUUUUGCUACAGUAAAAGAAGCGAAAACAGCGGUUAAUCCAGAUGCAAGUAUUAUAUUCGUUCCACCUGCCACUGCAGCAGAGGCAAUUCUUGAAUCAAUAGUUGCCGAAAUACCAUUAAUUGUGGUUAUAACCGAUGGAAUACCGCAGCAUGAUAUGGUGAGGGUUAGGCAUGCGCUUAUAGGCCAGAACAAAUCCAGAGUAAUUGGUCCAAACUGUCCUGGUAUUAUUGCUUCAGGACAAUGUAAAAUUGGAAUAAUGCCAAAUGCCAUUCAUCAACAAGGAAUUGUUGGUAUAGUCUCAAGGUCUGGCACUCUAACCUAUGAGGCUGUUGAUCAAACAACCAAACUUGGUUUGGGUCAAACAACUGUUGUAGGGAUAGGAGGUGAUCCCUUUAAUGGAACCAGCUUUAUUGAUGUACUAGAAAUAUUUUUGCAGGAUCCUAAAACAAAGGGAAUAGUGAUAAUAGGAGAAAUUGGUGGUGUGCAAGAGGAACAAGCAGCAGAAUAUCUCAAAGUUCACAACGUCGGUCCUAAUGCCAAGCCAGUUGUAGCAUACAUAGCGGGUCUUAGCGCUCCACCUGGACGUCGAAUGGGUCAUGCCGGAGCAAUCAUUUCUGGUGGAAAAGGUAAAGCUGGAGACAAAAUAAAGGCAUUAGAGAAAGUUGGCGUUAAAGUGACGGGGGUUCUUACUCAAAUUGGCCAAACCAUGUUUAAUGCUUUAAAAGAAAACAACAAGAUUUAAGGUGUACUUUAUCGAUUUAAAU